CUUUUUUCGACCUUUUUGUGCACUCUAAAACAAGUCUAAAACAAUUCGUGGAGCAAUACGGUCGUGCCUUAAAAUUUAAGGCUGAAAAAGAGUGUCAAGCGGACGCAGAGUCUUUUUCAAAAUUGCUACCGUGUGUUUCGAAAUUUGCUAUGGAGAAACAAAUGCAAGGAAUCUACACAAUGGCGAAGUUCAAGGAGUUUCGAGAUGAAGUGAUUGGCAAGCUUUAUUGUGACAUAAUUCAAUGCGAUGGCGGUAAAAUUUAUCAUGUCAAAGAAGAAGUAAAAAUAACAGAGGACUUUUACAAGACUGUUUACUUCAUAGUGGAAUAUGAUUCCGGCUUGUGUGCAUGCAAAUGUAGUUGUCAUUUGUUUGAAUUUAGAGGCAUUGUGUGUAGACAUAUGUUUAUGGUUCUACAGCGCAACGAUGUUAAAAUAUUGCCCGAGGUGUACAUCAUGCGCAGAUGGAGGCAAGAUGUAAAGCGCUCUUACACACGAGUGAAAAUAAACUAUGAUGGGUGGAUCACAACAGUUGAACAACAACGAUAUGACAAGUUGUGUAAGACUUUUGAAGAUCUUGCAAAUGCCAUUGCCGAUGAUGAGGAAAAGUAUAAAAGCGUUAUGCAAUGGAUGCAAGACCAAUUGCAUGAGUGUACCGGGUCAACUACAACUUAUUCCGUUUGUGGUGUCAUGACACAACUUCCACAAUUACAUACAAAUGGGCAUGGGGAGGCAACGGGUCCAAUUCAAGACCCGAAGAUCACAAAAAGGAAGGGUGCACCGAGGAAAACCCGCAUAAAGGGUCCUCUUGAAAAAUCAAAGAAGAAACAGAAGGCCGAUACCAAAAAAAAAACAAGGAAGAACCCUAGUGGAAUGCACACAACUGAAGGCUCAAAUGAAAUUUAUGAUUUGACUAUAUUAACGCCCUGUGUGAAUGAUAAGGGGUUGGAUUUGAACCUACGCUUAUUGUGAACUUGUAGUAGGAAUUUUCAAUUACUUGUCAUUGAAACUUAUGUAUUAAUGUGUAACAAUUUGGAAUGUACA